UUUGUCCCAAAACCUUUGAAUAAACAACAAAUUUGAAAUUGAAAGGGCGCAAAUUGUUUGGUGGCCCAAAACAACCGUCGUCGACGAGAUUUCUAACAUCCUGCCAGUCAGCAAUCAAACAUCUGCUCCCUUGAAGCUAAAAAUAAAUCACAUCCCAACGAAGGAAGAAGGUGCAGACACUUAAAGACAAGGAUGGAAGGCAAUGAUCAUGAGACACCACAAAAACUUAAAGGUCAUCGAUUUAUGAUGCACUAUCCACCGACGGCGUCCGAUGAGUGCAACAAAGUGACGCCCAAAAAUAAACAAUUCAGGAAGUCAAUAAAUCCUAGGACACCACAAGGAUUAAGCUAUUCGCUGGGCAAUUGCAACACCAUGAUGUCGUCGAAUAGCAGUAAUGGUUUGCAUUCCAUAUCAAUGGCUGUGAUACAGACGCCGCCGGCAAAGAGACACCAAAAAAUAAAAAAUCCCUUUGAAGCGGCGUGGGCCGAACGGCUGCAUAUGCCAUUGAUAGCAAGUCCAUCGUUAUUUCAACGCCCAGACACCCCGCAAAUGAGUUCUACACAGUGUGAAUGGACAAUAGAAGAAGUGUCAAGUUUAAUGCCAGCAAAUGUAGAGCCUCAUGAGACUCAGUUCAACGAUUCACCUGAUCCUGAGUUGGAGGCCAAAGCCCAAAUGGCAAUUAGUUCCUAUUUUAAAGAUAAUCAAAUUGUGCCAAGUCCGGUAGAUUGUCCAUUGCGUAGCCAACGUAUUGUUUUGCAUGACGUUAGUGGUAAUACACCUAUAUCCAAACCAGGCCGUAGAAUACGUGAUUGUGCAUCACAAACUGAAUUGACAUUGCCGCCCAUAUUGCCAGCAGCUCUGGAAGAGGCCUUAAAGCCAUACUUCCAACCCCAUUUGGCAGGAGCCAAUAUAGAACUGAAAAAGUCCCGUUAUGCCCAACGUUCAUUAAGUUCCAGCAUAGACGCCAAGGACACCUCAUUGAGGCGUAAGCUAUUCGAUAUUCACAAUGUUCUAAUAUGGGAAAAUGAACAACAAUUGAUGGCAAAAAAUAACACAUCUUCGGCGGCAGCAAGCAGUGGUGGCCAAUCAAAUUCUAGUCCCCACUCUUUGCAAUCCCUGCAACAUACUGCUAUAGUGGGCAAAUUAUCCGAUUCUCUCGACAAGAGCUCCUUUGGCUCACUCUCACCCAUAUCGGCCUCAGAUGAUCUAUCACCUUCGCUGCCAGAUAAGGGUAGUGCCACAAAACGUAAAUCACGUUUCAAUAACUUCCGUUCAGAAAUUGAGGAGCUAGAACAGUUAUCACCCAUACAUCCACCGGUCAGAAGGAAACCCAUUGAGAAAUUGUAUCGUUCACAGAAUAUGGGAAAUCAAAGCAAUGACAUGACAAACAAUACCAGUCAAGAUACAGACAAUGGAAAGUUUACUCCAGAAAGAUCAUCUUCGCCCUUGGCCUCAAUGAUAACGAAUAACAUUGGAGAGUUUUCGUCGGAUAGUUUUAAUAUAAAAGUUAGUCGUUUAAGAGUCAAUUCAUCGAAGUGUUCAAACAAAUCGAAUAAAGAAAGACUGACUAGAGUGACGGGCUCUAAAAAUUCGAGUAACAUCCUGCAGGAGGUGGAUGUUUUUAUGAGUCAUGAGGAUACGUGCGAGGAGUUACUUGAAUAUACUGGCAUUGAUGUGGAAGAUAUGCAAAUAUCUCAGGUUUCGGCCCAUAGUUCUACAUGUAGUUCUUCACAAUCGGAUACACCGAGAGGUAAAAGACGUUCGGCAAGUCGUAAAAAUUUGUCACAAUCUUUUUCGGCGAAUUGGUUAAACGACGAAGGAGACGAAAAUGAGGACCCUAAAAGAGAUGAGCAGAAAUUAAAUCGUAUUUGCCAAGAUUUAAAAAAGAAGAACCUAAAUCCUGCAGCAUUGCAACCAACAAGUUCCUCAUCCUUUGGUGGUGUGGUACAUCACACACCUAUAAAUAGUUCACCCAAAAAAUCAUUGACAUUUUAUCGCACCGACAGUGGUUUUAAUGAAAUGUCACAAAAUUCCUCAGAAUCACAAGAUGGUCCAGGCUUGUCACAACAGCAGACUUCAAUGGCGCUAGCUGCGACGGACGGAGAACCAAUGAUGGUGCAUUGCUGUUCAACACCUUCUACGAAACAGGAUAAGUUUGAACUUAUGAUUUGAUAAAACAGUGGUAUUCAAAUUUUUUCUUGCCUGCUUUGCUAUAAUAAUUAAGUUUAGUUAAUUUUUCCAUUUUAUAUAAACAUUUUUAAAUUAACGCUCUAUAUGUAGGUUUAAAAUAAUGAUUAUAUUUGCAAUUUUCAGAUGUUAUUCGAUGAAUUUAAAUUAAAAAUUGCACAGUCUUUAAAACGUUAUAGGUGUCGAUUGAUCAUCCUUCUAUCCGAAUUGGCGAUGGAGACCGAUUUUUUGUUGCAGCAACAAGAAAACAUUUAUUAAGCUUAAACUAGUGUUGGUAGAUGGUAAAGCAUAUCAAUGCAGUUGGAAAAUUUAAAUUAUAAAUGUCGUUAUUCAAUCAAAUUCAUCUGAAACUUAGGUAUGUGAAAGGAGAACAUUAUUUGCAAUAUUUAAACAAAGGCCUUAUGCUUAAAUUGUAGUUAAUUUUAGGAGAAGAUUAAACAAAUUACCCACCCACCUACUUUUAUGGAGAUUUAUUAAAUAGUUACUAUUGAAGACUCGAAAUAUGUUUACAAGUUUCACAAAUAAUUGUAUAAAAGAUUUUGUUUUUAACCAACAAGAUAUCAAGCUAUUCAUAUAUUUGUAUGUAUUUUAUAAAUCUUAUAUUUAUUCAAGUAUCCUUCACAAAUACAUUUGAACAUUUAGACAAAUCUAACAAAAUAAGGUCAGUCAAUUGUCUUGAGAUAUAAAUUCGCCGAUUCUACUGUCAUUUUUUUGUAGCAUGCAAAAAAACAGCAAUCUUUCAAAUCCUAGGAAACUUAUCAAAAAAAUGUCUUAGUCCCAGCUUACAUUGAAUUGAUUUGAAAAAAUUUAAAGUUUAUAUGUAAUAAAAGUAGACAAAUGGUUUCUAUUUCCAUGAUCUGGCCGAAUUUGAACAAUUCAGAACAUAAAUUCAAACAUAAAUAAAAAAAUUCACUUAUAUUUUGUUGAAGGAUAUAUUACAUGGUCGGCUAGUGGCUGAUUUUUUUUCUUAUUAUUUCCUUUUUAUAAAAUUCUAGUCUAGCUUAUUCAACCUAAAAAAAAGACUUUUUGUAACAUCAUGGCCAAUACGUAAUUUAAUAGAAAACACAUUAAAUAUAGCACUUUUUUAAUUUUCUCAUUUAAGUUUUUAUUGUAAAACAGAGACUAGAACAUCUGCUUCAUUAGAGGCAAAACUACUUGUUUAUAAUUUAUGAAAAUUUAUUUUUUUAAAGUUUACAUUAAAUAUUUGUUGAAAUACAAUGUGACUAUUUUAUUUUUUAUUAAUUGUUUAGGGCUAGAUUACAAGCGAUGUUAGAGUCAUAUGUAAAGUGAAAUUUUCCACAAUUACCUGCAUAAUUUUUAUAGCAUACUCCCCACAACUUUUCAUUUAAAAACUCGUAAAAGUAUGUAAAAAAUUACCAUAAAUAUGCUACAAAAUAAAUAAAGUGCAAGUGUUUUAAUAUUAUGCAGUUUAUGUAUCAUAACGUUGCUUUUAAGAUUAAAAAUGUUGGGAAUUUCUUAAUGUAUGUUAUUGAAAUGUCACUUUACGCAUGUGUAAUCUAGCCGUUAGAGCCUGUUUCUGGUUGUCUAUACCAUAGUAAAUGCGAAGGGAAAGCACCAUUUCAAAUGUCUAAUAUAAUAUUUAAUUUAACUCGAAAAAUACAAACAUUUCAAAAAAUAUUUGGAACGGUAUUUUACUUUCGUAUUCAACAUACAGAAACAGGUCUUUUUUAUAUUUUCCUUGUCCUUUUUUUAUUUUGUUUUUGUGAGUUAUUCGUUGUGUUAAUGUAUAUUAAAUUGAAUAUUAAUUUUUAUAUGGAAAAUUCGAAAUAAUGGUUCAAAUAUGGUAAAUAUUACAUUAAACGAACCAAAAUCAUAUCAACAAUUUUAAAAGAAAAGCCGACCAGUUGCUGCAUUAAUCCAUAGGAGAGAUAAUUUAAAGAUUUUCUACAUACAUACAUUUUUAAUUACGAAAAUAAAUAAAAAUUAUGUUCAACAAUA